GGACCCGGGGAGGAGGGGGCGGGCUGAGCGAGUCCGCCUCUGGAGCCUCCUGCUCGGCUCCUUCAGCUCCGGUCCGGACCCACAAACUAUGUCGGACGGUGCGUAGACUGUGGCUCAGCUUGUGCAACGCGCAAACCAGGCCGAUUUCAACUCAGAGGAGGUUGCACAAUGUAGGGAGGCUGUUUGCAAGUGGGACUCCAUUCUCUGAGGGGGGGGGGGGGGGGGGGACCAUGGAGCCAGAUGAGCAACCCCUAACCCCAGGGACCAGCAAUGGGCACCUAUCCUACCCUGCAGCAAAGAAUCCCAUCCCCUCCAACUUCCUCAACUGUAGCUUAGAGUCCUCAUCUUCGCCCAAUCAGAGCGAUGGCUUGAUGGCAGCUGAGUGCGCGUGGGGCGACGACUCCGAGCAGCCCAGGAGAUUCAAGUCCUCUGCCUUUCCUUCCUCUCUGAGCUGGGACUCGGACUCGGAGAAGGAGACACUAGAAGAAGAGGAGCUACAGAACUUUUCUAACCCUCACGGUCUGGCUACUCACAGCCCGGGAUCUCCUUCUGCUGGACUCAGGCUCGAUGGUGAAGAUGAACAGGAAUUUGAGAAACUGCAUUCCUUCAAUAGUACGACUGACACGUCCACCCCUGCAGAGGGGGGUAGUGACAACAAUAGCACAAAGAAAGAGGAGCCACAGACGAGUCAGCUUGGCCAAACAGAAGGAGGUAGCCGAGUCUGGAGCGUAUCCGAGGGUGCUGAGCCAUUUCUCUCCAAAGGAAAACCAAAGGAAGCAUGCCCAAAAGAAGAGGAGGCUGAGAACAGCAAGGACGAGACAAGGCCUAAAGGAAAGGAAGCCAGGGAGCCUGAGAGAGAUGUUUAUACCUUCCCUGGAGACUCCGACCCAGAGAGUCCGCCCCCUGCUCCUUGGGCUCAGUGCACUUUCAUUCAGCGGCGCAGGAGGAAGAGGGCGCUGCUCAGACCCUUAUCUGGAAUGGGAUCGCCUGAAGCUCACAUGUCAGAAAGACCGAGUCCUCAAACAUCUAAAACAGCUGAGGCGGCUCCGCUCAGUCCAUCACAGGUUUAUGAAUUCGAGGAAGAUGACGAGACGGUGAAGUUCACAGACGAAGUUGAGGAGAAAAGCGAGCCGGGGUCCGGAAACGAGAUCUUCACCUGUGUGGAGUGUAGCAUUUACUUCAAAAAGCAGGUCCACCUGCAGGAGCACAUGGCUGAGCACUGCCAGACCCCAGCGGGAGGAAGCAGGCGUUCAGGAAAGGGCAGCCGGUUACGGUGUGCGGAGUGCGGCUGGAUGCUCCCAAACCGCCCGGCGCUGGCCGACCACCAAAGGAGGCACCAGGAGUCCCGUCUGAAGAUUCUGGAGGAGAUUGAGAAACUGAAUGAAGUGGAAAAGGCAAAAGAGUCGGAAGGAGAGGAGAGUGGAGCGCUGAAGCACGCCGACCCAACUGUUACGCAACAUCCAGGGGAAAUGUCAGAUGGCGAAAUGGGGAAAUCUCCUCCUCCGGCCACAGAUUCAUCCUCAGUUCAGGAUCCAGAUUCUGCUGCCAUAGACGUGGACUCUGUUCCUCCAAAUUCAGCCCGAAGCCCAGCACAGGCCCACCGCCGCCGCUUUGUCUGCAGCGAGUGUAACUUCAGCACAAGAACUGCCCAGGCUCUGGCUAAUCACUCCAAGAUUCACAAGAGGAAGAGGCAGAUCCUCCAUCCCCAGCGGGGUCAGAGGGUUCUAAAGGAGCGCCAGGCUCUGGUUCAGCCCGAAAAUAUGCCAGUUGAGCAGGACAGGGAAACCAGCCCGUCUCUAACAUCUAAUGCACAAGUUCUUGACACCGAUCCAGGUUGUCAGUACCUCUCUGAGUGCGAAUCCCCACCUGCUGCUGCUGCUGCCACAAGCCACGGGGAUGUCACUGCCUCAGAGGACAGCACGGCAUCAGACCAUGGAGCUGCCCGGCACAACUAUGUCACAAACAGGACAUUCAGGACAGCAGGGAAGUCCAAGUUUGAUCCCGAGGCAGAUGAUGACGCACUGCCUGAGAGUGAAGAGGAAGAGGAGGAGUGUGAUAACGGCGAGGAAGAAAAGCCGUCCCGGCCAGAGGCCGACUCACCUGUGGGCAGGAAGCUGAACGGUCCAGGUGAGGCUGCAGGGAAGAAUGGAUACUUCAGUCUGGAUGGUAGAUUUCACAGCAGUUACACUUACAUACAGAAUAUAGUUGAACCCAAAACUAUUUAUACCCGUGGUAGAUUUAGGUUUUAAAGCAGCAUCUGAGCUUUAAUACAUUUCCUCAGACAAGCAG